UGGAUGGUCCCUCUUUCCUUUAAAAAUAAGAAAAGAGAACAAAGAAUCCACUUUAAAGAGUGGUAAUAAUGUAUUAUUUUUUUCUUUUUCUUUUUUCCCCUUCUUCCUGUCACAAUGACCAUUUCAACGGGAUUAGCUAAUUUAAUAUGCAUUGGCUUUACUGUUAUAUACAUUAUUGGAUUUUACAUGUUCAAAAUACCUGGAUCACGUAACCAUCCACCAGUGAUUCGAGCAAGAAUGAAAGCUGUGACAGUAGCAUCACUUGUUUCAGUUGCUAUUGUUCGGUACCUGACAACAGCCAACCUAUUGACUGUCCUCGGUCUUACAUUUAACAUUCAAGCUCUUAUCAAGCCUCUCUUGUUGACCUCUUUGCUCUUUCUAGGUCCCAUCUCUAUACGUUACUUUGAUGAUGAACUUCCAUUUCAAAAAAAUUUUGAUUUCCAUCGAGAUGUCAUCUUGACUCUUACAGAACCCUUGGGACAGCGAAAUUAUUAUGUGGCACCUUUCACAGAAGAAUUAGUAUUCAGAGCAUGCAUGAUUGUUGUACUCUAUCAAGCUAAUUAUUCAAAGGGUUAUUUGAUCUUUAUGUCUCCUUUAUAUUUUGGUUUAGCUCAUUUGCAUCAUGCUUGGGAAAAUUAUUAUGUAUUGGGUGGAACAAGACAAGCGAUGAUUCAAUCGAUAUCAGCUUCCUUAUUUCAAUUUGCAUAUACUACUGUCUUUGGCUGGUAUGUGAGCUAUCUGUUCUUGAAGACAGGUAGCCUUUGGUCAUGUGUAAUCUGCCACUCAUUCUGCAAUAUCAUGGGCUUUCCUGAUUUCAGCUGUAUCAAGUAUAGACGUAAACGAGAGAUACAAUGUAAGUUAAAAGCGUUUUUUAUAUAUAAGAGAGAGAUGUGUAAUGGUAUAUUUGUUGCUCUUGUUGAAAUGCAGUUAUAUAUGCUUGUUUUCCGAUAGGUGUUUUCUUAUUUAUAAUGUUAUUUCAACUAUUAACACAAACAGGUGAUUCAAUCUAUUGGACAUAACACUAUUAUAUUAUUUCUUAUCACUGGGUUUUUUGUCUUCCAACACAUUCUCGAUCAACCUCUUUGUACAAUCUCGAACUAGAUAAAAUGCAUCUCCUCUUUCUAAUCGAGUCCAAAACUUGUGAAAGAACGCUUGCUGUGUACCAUUAUUCCAUGAAUCAAUAUAUCUCUGUGAUAGAUGUUGUAAUGGUCCAAAUGCUUUAUGGAUGACCCUAGAAACUUGACAAGGGUU